AUGGAGAAUUUUUCAUGGAGCAGACUCCCAGAUCAUAUCCUGAUCCAAUUCUUCUCCUAUAUUCCAUUGGUGGAGCGUUGGAAAGUGGCAUUGGUGUGCAAGUCUUGGCAAACUUGUUUUGAUCAUCCUAGGUUAUGGCGAUAUUUCAAGUUCAGGUUUAUGGAACCGAAAGACAAGGUCAAGUUAAGAUGUCUUGACAAAUACAAAAAUGUGCUGAAGAGUGUGGUGAUUGAACUUCAGCAAAAAGAGAAAGAAAACCGUGACUGUGCCUGCGAAGUUAUUACGAGACUUGCUCGCUGUAAGGAGAGGAAACUUCAGAACAUUACGCUGAACUUUGUAGGUCAAAAUCCUAUGUUUUUCAGAGGCGGCGAGUUCAUCAAUGCCUUGGCCGAGUUGUUUGGACCUCCUGACCCAAGUUGCAGCAUGGUAUUUACACUCAAAGAAGUUGACUUGAGUGGAAUGUCUGUUGUCUAUAGUGAUAUUCUUUUCAACCUUCUGGCCGAUAAUCACCCAAAUUUAGAAGUGCUAAACAUUCUUAAUACGUCGCUGAACUGUAAUACAUGUACUGUCAAACCCUAUUGCAUAUUGAGUGUGGUGAAGAAGUGUACUAAACUUAGAGAGCUUGGUCUCUUCUACUGCAGCAUUUCUGAGGAAGUCCUCUUAGAGCUAGCGGAGGAAGGACGUGCUUCAUUGCAAAAACUUUCUGUUAUGUGCAGGCGAGAAGAGAAAUAUGGGGUAGAUAUUCCAGACAGUGCUUGGGAAACGCUGACAAAGCAAAAUCCAAAUCUAAAAGUGUAUAUAGCUUUUGAUCAUACAUGCCCAUUGCACAAGAUCCAAGCAAUCCUGCAACCACACAUACCGAUUAAAGUUUUACGACUUGAUACAUUUACAGUUUUGCAUAAUGAAGUUUUCCAGGCAGCUGCGUACUACAGUUCAACUUUAGAGGAAGUUGUGGUUCAAGGUAAACCAUCAGCUGACUUAAAUAGGGCGUUGAUUAAUCUCGCUGUGAGUUCGCCUAAUUUGCGAUCGCUUCACUGUUAUUGUGUACUAGAUAAAGACACAGUGGACAGCAUCCUUAAUGGUUGUCCACGUCUUGAAACGUACACACUGAAAACGCAUGUGGAAAACCACCCGUGGAUGCCUAUUCUGGUUGGGCGACAAGUAACUACUAAUCUGAAUAACAUGUGGUUAAAGUGA